GAAGCUCUUAACACCAAUAAUCACUUCUCUCUCUCUCUCUCGCUCUCUCUUUCUCUCUCUCAUUUCCCCAGCUUGACCAUGGUUCUGGUUUCAUCUCAUGGAGAAAAAAAUGGUGCAAAUGAAGAACCUGUCGUUGAUUUUAGAGGGAAUCCUGUGGAUAAGUCCAAAACUGGUGGAUGGCUUGCCGCAGGACUCAUCUUAGGAACUGAGCUUUCAGAGAGGAUAUGUGUUAUGGGCAUAUCAAUGAAUUUGGUUACAUACUUGGUUGGAGAUUUGCAUUUACCUUCUGCAAAAUCUGCAACUAUUGUUACCAACUUCAUGGGAACCCUUAACCUUUUUGGACUCCUUGGUGGUUUCCUUGCAGAUGCCAAACUUGGCCGCUACUUGACAGUUGCAAUCUUUGCUUCCAUAACUGCUGUGGGGGUGACUUUGUUAACCUUGGCUGCAAGCAUUCCUAGCAUGAUUCCUCCUCCAUGCAGUGACUACAGAAGACAGCACCAUGAGUGCAUUGUGGCCAAUGGUCGGCAACUGGCUAUGCUCUAUGCAGCUCUUUACACCAUAGCACUUGGUGGUGGUGGCAUAAAAUCCAAUGUCUCAGGCUUUGGUUCUGAUCAAUUUGACUCAUCAGACCCCAAGGAGGAGAAGGCCAUGGUUUUCUUCUUCAAUAGGUUCUAUUUUGCCAUCAGCAUUGGAUCAUUGUUUGCUGUGAUAGUGUUAGUGUAUGUGCAAGAUAAUGUAGGAAGAGGUUGGGGGUAUGGCAUUUCAGCAGGCACAAUGGGGAUUGCAGUUGCUGUAUUGCUAUGCGGCACGCGGUGGUACCGUUUCAAGAAGCCUCAAGGCAGCCCUUUAACUGUCAUAUGGAGAGUGUUACUCUUAGCUUGGAAGAAGAGGACUCAACCUUAUCCUUCUUAUCCUAGCCUUUUGAAUGAGUACCACAAUGCCAAGGUCCCCCACACCGAAAGAUUCAAGUGCCUUGACAAGGCUGCAAUUUUGGGCGAAGAUGAGGCUGCUAAUGAAUACAAAACUAGUUCUUGGAUAGUUUCUACUGUGACUCAAAUUGAAGAGGUGAAAAUGGUAUUAAAGCUCAUUCCGAUUUGGUCUACAUGUAUCCUUUUCUGGACGGUUUACUCUCAAAUGACAACCUUCACUGUAGAACAAGCCACCUUCAUGGAGCGCCAAAUUGGCUCCUUCGUUGUCCCUUCAGGUUCUUUAUCAACUUUUCUCUUCAUCAGUAUUCUCCUCUUUACUUCACUAAACGAAAGAGUCUUUGUUCCCCUGGCUCGAAAAAUCACCCACAAUGUCCAAGGAAUGACAAGUCUUCAGAGGGUUGGUAUUGGACUCGUAUUUUCAGUAAUAGCUAUGGUGGUUUCUGCCAUUGUUGAAAAAGAAAGGAGGGAAAUUUAUGUUCAUAAACACAUAAAAAUAAGUGCUUUCUGGUUAGUCCCUCAGUUCUUCCUGGUGGGUGCUGGAGAAGCUUUUGUUUAUGUUGGACAACUUGAGUUCUUCAUCAGGGAGGCACCAGAGAGGAUGAAAUCAAUGAGCACAGGGCUUUUCCUAAGCGCCAUUUCAAUGGGGAUGUUUGUGAGCAGUUUGUUGGUGUCUCUUAUAGACAAAGUAACCCAGAAGAGCUGGCUAAGAAGCAAUUUGAAUAAAGCCAAGUUAGAAAACUUCUACUUGGUGCUAGCGGUAUUAGGAGUUAUAAAUUUCUUGGUUUUUCUUGUGUUUGCAAUGAGACAUGUGUACAAAAUACAGCCUACAGUUAAGGGUAGUAACUCUGGAGAGAAAGAGCUUCAAGACAUAGAGAAUCAUUGGAUUACAGAAGGAAAACCGGAGAUGGAGGUCUAGUGGUAUUGUUAUUUGUCGGUACUCUGGUGUAAAAAUAGUCAAUUUGUGUUUUAAGCAUUCUUUUCUGUACCGCGCUAUAUACAGUAUAUAUAUAUUGAGUGAGGGUUGAUUC